AUGACUUUCGUUGUCUUAACGCUAUGUUUCAUGAAUUUCCAAUUAAUUUCAACAGAUUUCUACAUGGAUAUUCAAGAAAUCAUGAGCGUUGAGAAAAAGUGCAAGCCCAAUUGCCUAUUUAACCACACGGAGAUUAGCUCCAAAACUAUUGAUUUUUUCCCGAGAAAUUGUUCGAAAAUCUGUGGAAUUUUGGUGAUCAAUUCCAACACUGAUUUGUCUGAAAAUGAUCUGGAAGAUUUAUUUGAAAAUGUUAAUGGAAUCUAUGGAGGUGUAAAAAUGGAAAAUUCGUCUUUGACAAAUAUCUCAUUCUUGAAGUCUUACCCAAAUAAUUUUAAUAUAAGUUGUACUGUUUAUGGCGUGUCUAUCAUCAAUAAUUCCCAGUUAAUCAACCUAGAUGCAGUAAAAGAGUUUUUCUUCUCAAUUCCUUUCGAUGAGUGUAGUUUUCAAGUCAAAAAUAAUCCAAAACUAGACGCUAAUGAUCUAUGUGAAUUUGGAGGAGUCCGCGAUAUGGUCACGCUUCAAGUUUCCGGGAAUUUGAGGGAUUGUGGAUGCCGUGGAGACUUUAUCACUACUGAUAACAUUUUGGAAUAUCAGAACUGCACGGUUUUAAACGGAGGACUCCGUUUAUCCAAUUUUUCAUCUUCCGAGAACUUGAUGGCUUUAUCGAAGGUUAAACAAAUCAAAGGAGAUGUUGAAAUUCAGUGGAAUAAUAUAACGGGUCUCUUUUUUUUGAAAAGUUUAACAACUAUUUUGUCAACGAACGGGAGAGGCAGGAAAAAAGUGAUUGUGAAUAUUCAUGAUAAUUAUGAGAUGAAACGUCUUGGUUUUGAGAAAAUUAAUCUCUUCUGGGACUUAUAUGGUGGCAAAUUUUUCAUCAACCUGCAAAAUUUGCACCCCGACUUCUGUCUAACCAUUCAAGAAAUGAUGAAUUUUCUUGCAUACGUAAAAUUCACGAAUAUACAAGCCAAAUAUUGCUCACAGAAUCUAGCCAAAAAAAUCCCAUAUCUCACUAAACCUUGUGCAUUUUCCAAGUUGAGCUCUUCAGAGGAAAACUGUACAGCACUAGUGGGAAAUGUGGUGGUCGACGCCAACGAUGGUAGAUAUCUCUACAAACUUUUUAAAAUCAAAUAUAUAUUUGGCACGUUGAAAAUUCAGUACUCUAAAUCGGAUGGGUUGUACUUUUUGACAGAUCUUAACUAUAUUGGGAACUUGGAUGCUUCUAUUCCGGCGGUUCUUAUCAGAUCAAAUAACUAUUUAAUCAAGCCUAACCUUCCAGUGAUAAUGAAUAUUAUCUCAUCUAGUGGCCAGCAAGCUGUAAUUUAUGAUAAUCAACUUUUACCUACUGAUUAUGAACGAUGUUCUCUAAUGAGUAUAGGUUAUGAUGCUGAAGGUUAUGAUAUUGAACUUGAUAAUCAAGAUUGUGGGAAACUGAGCAAUGGCAUAUUCACAGGAAAAUAUAUUGUUUCACUACUUUUCUUUUUAGUUGCUCUUGAAUAA